ACCCAUUAAGGGUUUGUUCUGUAUUUGAGUUUCUGUUCAGUUUCUUUCAAAUUUUUUUGGUAUUUUUUGGUCGAUUUUGUAGUUUUAUUUUUGUGUUGUAGUGUGAUAAAUCUUGGCGGAUUCUUUAGAAGUGGAUGAGUGAGCUAGUAGUGGAGUUUUUGCAGUACUUUUAAGUUCCUGAAUUGAGAGAAAAUGAAGAGGAUUUUCGGUUUUGGAGAUACGAAGCAGCUGUCGGUGGUGGAAUUGUAGCUGAUUUUUCCUAAUUUCAGUGAACAUUUCUGGUUUUGGUGUUUGUAUUUUGGCUUUUGGUCUGAUUUUUUAUUUCAGAUCUGGGAGAAAUUAGAAGAAAGUAGGAGUGGGUUGUUGGAAAUUCUCAAAAUUAAGUUGCAACAAGAUCAUCGCAAGAAGGUAACACCGGCAACCAGGUCAUUGUGAACAUCAUCUUGACAAUCCGACGUGAACAGUAAUUCCGACGUAAACAGUAACUUCGAUGUGAAUAGUGUUUUUCGACGACAACCAGGUUUAUUUCAACUGGAGUUGGUUGAAUGGGUAUAUCUAAGGAUGAUGUGUCACAAUCCAACCAAGAAGAUAGUUCCUUUUCUAAUGUACCAGAGAAAGACACAGAAAAUGUGCAUCAGAAAAAGGGCCCCGAGAGUGAGGGUGGUGCAUCAGAAUCUAGUCGAGUUUCUGUACUACCAAAGAAGGAACCAUACAUUAUAUCUUGUAAAUCAGAUUCUCCUGUAAAAGACGGAAACAUUUCCCUAGUACCUGGAAAGGCUUCAGAUUCUUCACAACAAAUACAAAGUCAGAAAAGGGAAGAAUUUGUAUCUCAACCUCAUCAAGAACUAAAAACUUCUUCAACAAUAGCUGAGAAUGCUUUGUAUAAGUUGCGAGCUAGGCGGAACCCUGAUACGAGUGUCCAGGAUUUGGCAUCUGAUCAAGGAGUCACUCCCUCCAGUGAACCUGAAAAACCAUCUGAAGAUGGAUAUAACUGGCGAAAAUAUGGUCAGAAACUUAUUAGAGGAAAUGAGUUUACUCGGUGUUAUUACAAGUGCUCUCACCCUAAUUGUCUAGCAAAAAAACAAGUGGAGAGAUCACAUGAUGGGCAUAUUACCAAUAUUCACUAUGUAGCAAAGCAUGAACACCCAAAACCUCUAAAUAGUCCCCAAAUCUCCUCUGAGCUUGUAGUGCCUUUGGAAAUGAGAUGGCCAAACAUGCCAACGGGAACACCACGUGAAGCUGAAGGUGAGAAAUCUACUGCGCUUGGUGAAGCAUGUCAAUCUAUCGAGCCAUCGAAGAGCCUGAUUUCAGCGGCUGUUGUAUCAGCUGGUGGUAGUGCACAAGAUACAGUCCUGAAGCCACUUAAAUCAGGAGAUGAGGGUGAUAAUAAUGGUAGUCGGAACUCAAAGAGACGGAAGAAAGAAGUACCUACGAGUGAUGACAUGACUCCACCUAUGAAGUCUCCUAGUGAACCACGACGCAUCGUUCAAAGUAGGAGUGAAGUGGAUAUACUCAAUGAUGGUUACCGAUGGCGCAAAUAUGGGCAAAAAUUUGUGAAAGGAAAUCCAAAUCCUAGGAGUUACUACCGAUGCUCGAGUGCUGGUUGCCCUGCAAAGAAGCAUGUUGAGAGGGCAUCUCAUGAUCCAAAAUUAGUGAUUACCGCAUAUGAAGGGCAACAUGAGCAUGACAUCCCACAUUCCAGGACUGUUAUACAAAAUUCAGCAGAGGCUGAUUCUAAUACAACCAUAAUAAGUGGAGAGUCCACAUCUGAAUCAGGUGAAAACAAACAUGUUGUACAUAUUGGUGCCAAUUGAGAGCAUAAUACCAAACAAUCAAGCUCAUCCAGAUUUAGAUAAUGUUACUUCAUCAACUCAUCUAAUCUUAUCUUUUUCUUAUUUGUUGUAAUUGGUCAAUUAUAAAAAUAUUAUGUAUAAAAGAAACAGUUGAUUUAACCUCAUAAUAUAUGUUAAUUUCUAAAUUUGAUGUAUAAGUUGUGUUGUCAAUAAACAUAACAGAGUUCAGAUUUGAUCAUAUGUAUCUAAUUUGUUGUCAGUUGA